UCCAGACCCAGCCAGAACACGAAACGUUGCCGAUCAUCCUGCGAUUAUUUGCCACAAGACCCCGACACCUUCUCAUUCCCCAAACUGAUCCCAUCCUACCGUCAUACCUUUCUGCAAGCACACAGCUUCUCAGCUCCAAUUCCAACUCAAUCCAUCACCGAAUUUCUGUCCGACAGUUGGGGAGUCGGGUGAACACCACCUGGCCCCUUACACCUCAGCCAACACGGCUCCACCGACCGAAUUAGAAUCUUGCGACAUGGCCAUGGAUGCUCUUAAAAAUCUUGUGAAUAACGUCCCGGACUGGCUCCAGCGCCUUGACGAUCUCAGCGGCCAGAUCGACCGACGACAGGCCGAGCUGGCCGCUGUUGCUGCAGCGGAAGGAAAGAGCCCAAAGGCAAAGUCCCUUCGCAACAAGGGCUCAACUGAAUCACUGAAGCCCAAAGAUGACCCUCCGGUAGUCCACGCUGAUGCUCCCGCCGACGAGGACAUACCCCAAGAUGCCACAGCGCAAACACCAACCAAGACCUCCGAUCCACCAAAGGUCCAUACACCGAGCCCAGCCUCCAUUCGUCAGCAACAAGAAAUCAUCAAGACAGCACAAGCCAGGGCACGAGCUCAGGUUAGGAAGAAGCCCAAGUCCCCUUCCAUGAUGUCGAACGAAGACACUCCCGCCGCUUACCGAACAAGAAGCAUGAUCAUUGUCUAUUAUGAUAGCUAUGUCCAGGGCUUCUUUGACGAACUUGUGCGAUUCGUCUCAUCUAGUCGCAACCUCAUGCGCAAGGCCAAGAUGGCUGCACGGGUUGCCCAGAUCAAGAAGUUGGCCGAGCAAGACGUGUCAGAAGAUGGCAGCAACGAUGACGCACUCCCAUCACUACGAUAUAUGAGCAGCAGACGAUUCGGCCCCAUGUCAAUAGCGCGGCCCGGUGCUGGUGACCAGCCACCCGACGCAUACGACAACCUCGACAAAGGCCUUGAAUUUGUACAGAGCUUGUGUGAGCACGGCGCUCAUCAGUUCCUACGUGAUGGAGACUGCAAUGAUGAAAUUAGCAAGGUGCAAAAGCGGCUCGCCGAGGUGCUUGAGAUGGCUAAGACAGAAAUGGAGCGCGUUCAGCGCGAAGAGCCCGAACUGGCCAAGGAGACAGGCGAAAUGGGCAAGAUCCGAACACGGCGACCCAUUAGCAUGCGUCGCGAAAUGUCGGCUGGCCUAAAAGAAGGCAGCCCAACACCUACUAAAGAGGAGAACAAACUGGAAUCCGCAAAGUUGGAGGCUGCCGACCCCACCCCAGCACCGGAUCCUAUGGCGCCCAUGGCGGUGGAUCCAAACAUCAUGGAGGCCGACGAGGGUAUUGAUGUUGAGAUGGAGAUUCCUAAGCUUCAAUAUCGAUCAACCCGGGCGAUGCGCAGCCGCGGUCCAUAGAGUGGACGCGAGUUGUGCGCCUGGGCUAUUAUUCAUUGAGCGUCACAACACAACUCAUGUUGUCUACAUUGCUUUCAGCACCAUUCAUGUUGUUUUUAUAGCAAUUGUCACACAUCCAUAUCUUGGCGUAACGGAACUGGGAGAGAAAGAAGAAAGCGUUGAGAGAAAACUUGGCUGGGAUUUUAUUUUGGGUUUAUGUUCCAUUGCUUGGAAGCAGAGAAAACCAUCCUUGCAUCUUUCGUUAUAUAUCUUGUCAUGAAGCAUUGGCAUUGCACUUCAAAAGAAGUAUGAUUUCUCUCCCUUGUUUAGCUGGUUGUCAGUCACAUAUGUCUUGCUCACUUGGGAGCUUUGUUCUUUUUCCACACACAAAAAGAUGGACCAUUCAUAGCGUCGGGGUUGUUGCAUGCUCUUUAUCGAAAUACUAUGGGGUUUCAAGAGGGAUUUUGUCGAUUCAUCUAGUACCUGUUUUCGUGCUCACAUCUCUUGUUUCAUAUAGCUUCUUUUUAUUUUAGGUUAUGGUCAUGAACACCGGGAACGUUUAAAAAGAAGAGAUCGCCUGGACUGUGAUCUAUUACAAUUUG